UGGGGUUGAUCCCACCUCCCGCUAUGCUCGCACAAGAGAAACAAGUGUUUCUGACAGGAACGUUCAGUGAUGAAAACAGUGCUUUAGGAAAGAACAAAACCAAAAAAAACGCGAUGCCGAUGGGAUGACAUGAGGAGGAGCACCGAGGCGACGCUCUUUAUUUGAGCUGCGCAGAAACCUCGACUGUGAUCAGAGUGGCUUUUGUUUUCUUCGGAUGGAACCGUAGACAAAAAUAACAAAACAAAAAAAAAGGACGACCGACGUCUCACGUCCCGCUCGAAGAGAAGAAGAGGAUGGAGCAAAACAAACAGCCGCUCAAAGGGCGGUGAGAAGGAGACCCAUCGAAGCGUCGUCGCGCGGGACGCCUCCGGGUCGUGACGAUGGAGGUGAAACGAGAUCGCUUCUCUUGUCUUGCGUUUAACAGACUCGAUUAUCCGCAGUGACUUUUUAUUAUUAUUAUUAUUAUCAUUAUUACCAGCAUUAUUAUUAUUAUUAUUAUUAUCACUACGCGCUGUAAAGCCGAUGAGCUGCAGGCGGCGUUGAGAGGAGACCCCGCGUCACCGGCCGCUCGCCCGGCAGCACCACGGACAGCGACCAUGACUCGGCUGCGCAGGAAGGCUCUCGUGGCUCUCUUCCUCUUCACGCUCUUCAUCUUCGGGGCCAUGAUGGGGCUCAGGACGCUGAAGCCGAGCGACGGCUUCUCGGACCUGGCCCCCGGGAUGGACUUCGUCGGGGAGCGAUCCGAAAGGAGGCGGCUGGACGCGAAAGGCGCGGCGGCGGCGGCGGCGGCUUCGCCGGGCCACUUCCACCCGGGCAGCAGUGACACCAAGGUGGUGUUCACCAAGUCGGACCGAGACUACAGCAUUUUCUACGACGUGCACAUCUUCUACUACCUGUGGUACGGCUCUCCGAGCAUGGACAACAAGUACAUCCACUGGGAUCACGUGCUGGUGCCGCACUGGGACCCCAAGAUCGCCGCCAGUCAUGCCCAAGGACGGCACACGCCUCCAGACGAUAUUGCCUCGAGUUUUUACCCCGAGCUGGGACCCUACAGCUCCAGGGACCCAACGGUGCUGGAGUCACACAUGGCCCAGAUAGAGGCGGCUGCAGCAGGGGUGCUGGUGAUGUCCUGGUAUCCUCCCGGCAUGGCGGAGGACCACGGGGAGCCCACCGAGGACCUGGUUCCCGCUGUCAUGGACGCCGCCCACAGGCACAGCAUCAAGGUGGCCUUUCACAUGCAGCCAUACAAAGGGCGGACGGACCAGAGCAUGCAUGACAACAUCAAAUACAUUAUUGACAGGUACGGAGAGCACGGCGCCUUCUACAGAUUCCGAUCCGGCACGGGGCGAGUCCUGCCCCUGUUCUACGUCUACGACUCCUACCUGAUGGCGCCAGAGUCCUGGGCGGAGCUGCUGACCCCCAAGGGCUCCCGCAGCAUCAGGGGCACGCCUUACGACGGCGUCUUCGUCGCCCUCAUCGUGGAGGAGCGCCACAAGCACGACAUCCUGGCCGGCGGCUUCGACGGCGCCUACACCUACUUCGCCUCCAACGGCUUCUCCUUCGGCUCGUCCCACCAGAACUGGAGGGCCAUCAAGGAGUUCUGCGACGCCAACAACCUGCUGUUCGUGCCCAGCGUGGGCCCCGGCUACGUGGACACGGCGGUGCGUCCGUGGAACAACCACAACACCAGGAACCGGGUCAACGGGCGCUACUACGACACGUCGCUGCAGGCCGCCCUGUCCGUGCGGCCGGAGAUCGUCGCCGUCACUUCCUUCAACCAAUGGCACGAGGGCACGCAGAUAGAGAGGGCGGUGCCCAAGAAGACGGCGAGCCGCCUGUACCUGGACUACCGGCCCAACCUGGCGGACCACUACCUGCGGCUCACGCGCCAGUGGGCGGAGAACUUCAACGAGGAGAAGGACAAGUGGCUGAUGUGACGGCGAGAGGUCGGCCCUUUCGAAAAUGUUCCCUGCUCACUGGUUUUCAUCACUGACAUUUUUUCUGUGGCAGGUUAGUGGUGUAACUGGGAUCACGCGAUCAUCGUUUCCCCCCCCCCCCGAAAAAAGCGUUCAGCGUCCGUUGCGCAGCAGCUCUGCUCUUGUCGGCUCUUUUUUCUUAUUUUCCUAAAAGGAAAGAAUGUUCUUUCCCGAAUCUCUUUGAAGACAAAUUUAAAAUGAAUUAACUAUUAGAUAAAUAAAUCUAAAUGGAUCCAUUGUGUCAAA